AUGAUCAUGGCUAUGAGAAAUUUAUUUAUGACAACUCAAAUGGCUCUUGGUCUGGCAGCGAAUUGGCUUGCUUCGAACCUUAGUUCAUCUAUUUUCUACGCUUUUCCCGAAGUUGGUGCACGAGCUGGUAUCCUUGGUAAUUUUGCGUACUCGUUCGGAUGUAUCGUUCCACUUGUAGUAUUUGCUUGGCUUGGACCUAUAUUGAGAAAAAAAUGCCCUGAAGGAUUCCUGUUAACUACAUUUAUUCGUGAAAGAUUUGGUCGAAUUAAUCAAAUCUAUAUUUCUCUAAUGUCAAUGGCAUAUAUGUUCUGUUAUAUGGUCAGCGAAUUAUCCGCUAUUGAUGGUAUAUUAACUCUCUUGACAGGAAUUGAUUUCCAUCAUGUUCCUAUAAUUUUAAUUACAAUUACGACUACUCUUUAUACUGCUUAUGGUGGCUUCCGUGCCUCUUUGUUAACCGAUAAAGUGCAAGGUUGGGCUAUUCUUGUCCUUUUAGUAAUCUCGACAAUAGGAUUUGGUGUUACCGUGAAAAUUGAUCCGGGAGUAGUUAGUUCUAGUCCGCUCCUGAAAUCAAAUACAUUGGGUUGGGAAUUAUUUUAUAUUAUGCCCAUUGCUGGUUAUUGGCAACGAGCUUUCUCUUCUAAAAAUGAUCGAGAGUUAGCUUAUUCUGCGCUUUAUGGAAGUAUUAUGCUUUUCCCCACACUAUUCUUGAUUGGUUUUACGGGAAUUAUUGCAGCAUGGGCUGGUACUUAUCCAGGUCCUGAUCCCAACAAUCCAAUAGGUCCUGACAUGUCAUUCUUCUCACUUUAUACAUUAUUACCUGAUUGGGUUCAAGGUUUUGUUGUAGUAUUGUCUGUUUGUUUAAGCUGCUCAGCUUAUGAUACUUUACAAAGUGCAAUGGUAUCUACAAUGUCAAAUGAUUUAUUUAACAAUAAGCUUCCUUUAAUUUUUGUUCGGGGAUUGCUUGUGGUUAUCAACGUUCCUGCUGUAAUCCUUGGUAUCAAUAAUCUUGAUGUUCUUAUUGUAUUUUUAAUUGGUGAUCUUAUAGCAGCAGCUGUAAUGCCAUCAAUCCUCCUUGGUCUUGUGGAUUCACUUUAUUUUUUAAACGGAUUCGACUCAUUAGUAGGUGGUUUAGGAGGAUUCUUUUCAAUAUUUAUAUUUGGUUCAGCAUAUUUUAAUAGUGCAUAUGAAGGAGCUUUAUUAUAUAUUUUAUCAAAUGGUUUAUAUGUUGAUGAUUAUUCAGUAUUAGGAGCAUUUCUUGUUGCACCAAUUGGUUCUGUUGUAUUUACUUUUUUGGCAUUUGGAGUUAGAUUGUUAGGAAUGUUUAUUUUAGCAAAGAUUCAAGGAAAGGAAUUUGAAUUUCCCAAACGACCUGAACCUGAUACUACUGAAGGAGAAUCUGAAAAAACGGCCAAUAAUUUUACUACUGAAGAUGAAUCUGAAAAAACCGAAAAUAUUGUGGUUAAACCUGAUACUACUGAAGAUUCUUAUAAUAUGGCUGAAGUGUAA